GCACCUCAGGCGCAGGAGUUAGCCAACAGGUUGUCUUGUUCCAUAUCAAGGAACAAAUUCCGAUUUCUUAUGACCAAAUACUGCCCUUUGAGAGGAUGUGCUCAACCACAUGGAAUUUUGUUGCUUGCAAAUUUGACUAGGAGACUUUCAACGGAUACAAAAAGCAGUUUACAGAGCAACUUCCUCUUUUCUUGAAUUUCCUUUGAGUUUGCAAGAUCUUGCUUUCUUUCAGCAUUUGCUCUAAGCCAGAUUCCCAUGCCGACCGCCAUAAAUGCAGCGGUGGCUCAGCAGACAGCUGCUGGGUCAGUUCCCAGCGCUACCAUCAGCACUACAGCUGAAGGUGCAGGUGGGGGCACAGGGGGGAUUUACUCUGCCAUUAUAAGUCGCAACCAGCCCAUUAUCAGAGUAAAGGAGAAAACCUAUGAAGAGCUUCACAAGAAGUGCCUGGAGAAAAACAUUCUCUAUGAAGAUCCUGAUUUCCCACCGAAUGAGUCCUCCCUCUUCUAUAGCCAGAAAAUCCCCAUCAAGUUCGAGUGGAAAAGACCACGUGAAAUCUGUGAGAAUCCACGGUUUAUUAUCGGUGGAGCCAACAGAACAGAUAUUUGCCAGGGAGAAUUAGGUGACUGCUGGUUCCUGGCUGCCAUUGCUUGCCUGACACUGAAUAAAAAACUGCUCUGUAGAGUCAUACCUCAUGACCAGUCCUUUAUACAAAACUAUGCUGGCAUAUUUCACUUCCAGUUCUGGCGCUACGGAGACUGGGUGGAUGUCGUCAUCGAUGACUGCUUGCCCACGUACAACAACCAGCUGGUCUUUACCAAGUCCUCCCAGCGCAAUGAAUUCUGGAGUGCCCUCCUGGAAAAGGCCUAUGCAAAACUCCAUGGAUCAUAUGAAGCUUUGAAAGGAGGCAACACCACUGAAGCCAUGGAGGACUUCACUGGAGGAGUCACUGAGUUCUAUGAGAUCAAGGAUGCCCCUAAAGAUAUAUAUAAAAUCAUGAAACAUGCCAUUGACAGAGGAUCCCUCAUGGCCAGCUCCAUUGAUGAUAACCUAGGCUUUUCCUACGGAUCAGCUCCUCGGAGUGACAUUGGGGAAUUGGUUGCUCGAAUGGUGAAGAAUCUCGAAAACGCACAGAUGACUCACUCAGCUGUAGACUACCAGGGGACAGAUGAAAGGCCAGCCUGGACCAUAGUGCCAAUGCAGUAUGAAACCCGGAUGUCUUGUGGACUUGUUAAAGGUCAUGCCUACUCUGUCACAGCCGUGGAAGAGACAACAUUUAAAGGGGAAAAAAUACGUCUGGUAAGGCUGAGAAACCCCUGGGGGCAGGUGGAAUGGAAUGGACCUUGGAGUGACAAGUCAGAGGAGUGGAACUUCAUGAAUGAAGAGGAGAAAAUCCGCCUGCAGCAUAAGAUUGUGGAGGAUGGGGAGUUCUGGAUAUCAUUUGAAGAUUUCAUGAGGCACUUCACAAAACUUGAGAUCUGUAACCUCACACCUGAUACUCUGGAAGCCAGUAAACUCCAGACCUGGACAGUGUCAGUCAACGAAGGGCGCUGGGUGAGAGGCUGCUCAGCUGGAGGUUGCCGCAAUUAUCCAGAUACAUUUUGGACCAAUCCCCAGUAUCGCUUGAAACUCCUGGAGGAAGAUGAUGAUCCUGAGGAUGAAGAGGUUAUCUGCAGCUUCCUCGUUGCACUGAUGCAGAAAAAUAGGAGGAAAGAACGCAAGCUGGGAGCCAACCUGUACACCAUUGGCUUUGCCAUCUACGAGGUGCCCAAAGAGAUGCAUGGUACUAAAUACCACCUGCAAAAGGAUUUUUUCCUCUACAAUGCCUCCAAAGCUAGAAGUAAGACCUAUAUAAAUAUGAGAGAAAUCUCUGAGCGCUUCCGGUUACCUCCCAGCGAGUACGUUGUCAUCCCAUCAACAUACGAACCCCACCAGGAGGGAGAAUUCAUCCUAAGGGUCUUCUCAGAGAAAAGAAGUCUUUCAGAGGAGGUUGAAAACAUGAUUGAGGCAGAGCGUCCAUCGAAGAAGAAAAAGGGCAAGCCUAUCAUCUUUGUUUCCGACAGAGCGAAUAGCAAUAAGGAGCUGACAGCGGGUGAAGACACUGGGAAAGAUGAUGAAAAAACCCAUGUAGACGAGAAGAAGCGUUCUUCAGCAAAAGCUCAUGAGAGAAGUGAAGAGGAACAACAGUUCAGGAAUAUUUUCCGACAGAUUGCAGGGGAUGACAUGGAGAUCAAUGCUGAAGAACUCAGGAAUGUUCUCAAUAAUGUUGUAAAAAAACAUAAGGACCUAAAGACAGAAGGAUUUGAACUGGAAUCCUGCCGCAGCAUGAUUGCUUUAAUGGAUACAGAUGGAUCAGGGAAGAUAAACUUCGAUGAGUUUCGACACCUCUGGGAGAAGAUUAAAAGCUGGCAGAAAAUUUUCAAGCGUUACGACACAGACCAUUCGGGAACCAUUAACAGCUACGAGAUGCGCAACGCGGUCAAUGACGCAGGGUUUCGGCUGAACAACCAGCUCUACGACAUCAUCACCAUGCGGUACGCCGACAAGAACAUGAACAUUGACUUCGACAGCUUCAUCUGCUGCUUCGUGCGCCUGGACGCCAUGUUCAGAGCAUUCCAUGCCUUUGAUAAAGAUGGAGACGGCAUCAUUAAGCUCAAUGUCCUAGAGUGGCUGCAGCUCACAAUGUAUGCAUAA